GGUGUCCGGGCCACCCCCGCCCAGCCGCGGCCCCAGCGUGGCUGGAAGCUGCGGACCAGCCAUCCUCCUUUCUCGCCAUCCUGCCCCUAGCGCACCCCCACCACCAGGCCGAGGAGUUUGCGCUGCUGCGAGAUCCCUUCCCCCUCCCCCUCAACAACACAACAAAAUUAAAAAACACCAAGAGAGAGAAGAGGGAGGAGGAAGAGGGAGGAAGGGACCAGAGAGAAGGGAGAGACAGAGAAACUGAGAGAGGAGGCAGGAAAGGAGGAGGUGGAGAGAGCGCGAAGCUGGAGACCGACGGAGUGGGAGGGCGGGAGGAGGUGAAGAAGGAGAGAGAGGAGAACCAAGAGGCAGGAGCUGGGAAGGGCGAGAGGGAGGAGGAGGAGGAGGUGAGAGAUGCAGGAUGGAGACCUGGAGUUAGGUGGCUUGGGAGAGCUUAGUGAAAAGAGAACGAAGAGGGGAGUGUGGGUUAGAAACCAAGAGGUAGCCUUAGGGGAAGCAGAAGGCAGGGAGUAGGAAGAUCAGGAGGUAGAGGGAGGCUGGAGGGUUCCGGGAAAGGAGGCGAGGAAAAGGGAAAAGCACGGAGAGAAGGGAGAGGAGAGAGGAGUGGGCUUGGAGGGGGUCUCAGUCCCCGCUGCCUUGGCAUUGGAGAACUGGGACUCCCUGCGGGGAGGAGAGGAAGGCUAGAAGUCCUGGAGGGACAAGGUCCCAGGAAGAGGGGACAGAAGAGCUGAGGAAGGGGCACAGGGCUUUGGGAAGGGGUCCCUCGGAGGCCUCUUAGGGAUGGGGGCUGCAGCUGGUCUGACCGCCCCUUCAGCGCUGGUACUCUGGGCCGCACUGGGGGCGGCAGCUCACAUCGGACCAGCACCUGACCCGGAGGACUGGUGGAGCUACAAGGAUAAUCUCCAGGGAAACUUCGUGCCAGGGCCUCCCUUCUGGGGCCUGGUGAAUGCAGCCUGGAGUCUGUGUGCCGUGGGGAAGCGCCAGAGCCCUGUGGAUGUGGAGCUGAAACGGGUCCUUUAUGACCCCUUUCUGCCCCCAUUAAGACUCAGCACUGGAGGAGAGAAGCUGCGGGGAACCCUGUACAACACCGGCCGCCACGUCUCCUUCCUGCCUGCGCCCCGGCCUGUGGUCAAUGUAUCUGGCGGUCCCCUCCUUUAUAGCCACCGACUCAGUGAACUGCGGCUGCUGUUUGGAGCUCGAGAUGGAGCUGGCUCUGAACACCAGAUCAACCACCAUGGCUUCUCUGCUGAGGUGCAGCUCAUUCACUUCAACCAGGAACUCUACGGGAAUCUCAGUGCCGCCUCCAGGGGCCCCAAUGGGCUGGCCAUUCUCAGCCUCUUUGUUAAUGUGGCCGGUAGUUCAAACCCAUUCCUCAGUCGACUCCUUAACCGUGACACUAUCACUCGGAUCUCCUACAAGAAUGAUGCCUACUUUCUUCAAGACCUGAGCCUGGAGCUCCUAUUCCCCGAAUCCUUUGGCUUCAUCACCUAUCAGGGUUCUCUCAGCACCCCGCCCUGCUCGGAGACUGUCACUUGGAUCCUCAUUGACCGGCCCCUUAAUAUCACCUCCCUCCAGAUGCACUCCCUAAGACUCCUGAGCCAGAAUCCUCCGUCCCAGAUCUUCCAGAGCCUCAGCGGCAACGGUCGGCCUCUGCAGCCCUUGGCCCACAGGGCACUGAGGGGCAACAGGGACCCGCGGCACCCCGAAAGGCGCUGCCGAGGCCCUAACUACCGCCUGCAUGUGGAUGGUGCCCCCCAUGGCCGCUGAGAGACCCCAACGAGGAUUGUGCCCUUCCCUCCCAAGCCUCCCUGCAAAGGGCGGGCAGUCACCCCCAAAACAAAGCUAUUAAAGGGACAUGAUACUU